AUGGCCGGUAUUUUGCCACAGCUGUUAGGCGAAUGCACAGAAUGUUCAACGCCUCUCUAUGGAACUGUCACCACACCAGGAUUCGAGAGCGGAAUACUGUUCACCAAUCGUGACACGAAUGCGAAUGGUUGUUCACAGAUCAGGAUUACUUGUACCAAUCCUGUCCCUUCCCUAACGGCAAUGAUUAUGGUACUGGGAACGACAAAGGUGUUGGCCUUNGGAAGAGGUUCGGUGGAUUCAACGAUCACUUGCGAUCGCCAGCGAACCUGGCUGGACCCUAGCGGAGUCGCUGUUCCCGGAAUCAUCUGUGCCGCUCAUGGUUCGAUUCUCAUUGCCUCUUCAUAA